AUGGGUUUCUUCGACAGUCGUUUCUUUGAGCCAACAUGGAAGAACAAGGUUUUAAUUCUUCAAGUGGCGUUUACGAUUCUCAUCUUCAUCUUCGGCAUCGUCAAGAUCGUCACAACACCUUCGCAUAUCCCUUUCAAUAGAAUGGACAUUGUUGCCAUAACAAUGAGUCUCAAGUCAGGAUUAUUCCUUACCUACGAGAUCAUGACUAUGAAAAUGAAUAGAUUCAAGCGCUUUGGGAGUCUCAAGGCCUAUGCUGUACUCAACACCCUUGAUGUAUUUUUCUGGGCGGCUGUUAUGGGCUUCUCAUUCAAAAGUGUCAACACGAUUUGUUCUGGCGUCAACUGCGCUAUCGGCAUUGUCACCGGACUGUUGGCCUUGGUGAACUCUGCUAUCCACUUCUGGGCUGCUGUUAUCGCCUGGAAGAACCACAAGUAUUUCAAGGCCUACGGUGUUCCCCGUGGUCAGGAUGAGGCCAAGAACAGGUACACUACCACCAGAGUGUAG